UCACAAACGUUAUUUACUGUAGUCUGUACUCUGCAGUUACUCAUAAUUCAUGAAAACUCUUUCGCGAUAGUUUCUUGCUUUCGUGCUAGAUUUACUAAACUGGUAGAAGUUUUUCCGAUUAUUAAACUCCUAGUAUUUCCUCUUUAGCGUGCUGCGAUUCCCAAAGAUGGCCAAUCCAGGAAACGUUAGUGCGGUCCGCCAAAACUACCAUGCAGAAAGCGAAGCCGCCAUCAACCGACAGAUCAAUAUGGAACUGUACGCUUCGUACACCUACCUUUCCAUGGCUGCAUAUUUUGAUCGGGAUGACGUAGCCCUGAAGGGAUUCGCGAAGUUCUUCAUGAAACAGAGCCAUGACGAACGGGAACAUGCUGAGAAAUUGAUGAAGUACCAGAAUAUGCGCGGUGGAAGAAUCGUUCUGGCGGACAUCAAGAAACCUGAACGCGAUGAAUGGGGAAGUGGUUUGGAUGCGAUGUCUGCAGCAUUGCAGCUGGAGAAGAACGUGAAUACGGCUUUGCUGGAAGUGCACAGCAUUGCUAACAAACACGGCGAUCCACAGAUGUGCGACUUCAUUGAAACCGAGUACCUUGAGGAGCAAGUGAAGUCAAUCAAGGAGAUCUCGGAGUAUGUUACCAAUCUGAAACGGGUUGGACCUGGCUUGGGCGAAUAUCAGUUUGACCAUGAAACUCUGGAUGGUGGAUCUGCAUAAAUGUUAUGCACUAAUUUGAUAUUCCAUUAGCAUAUUUCGUUAGAAAUGUUGUUCAGAUACCUUUUUCGUGCGAGGAUUUUUGCGAUGGUUUAUGUGGUAAACUAGUGGUACAAAUAUGUUCAUAAGAAUGGCAUGUUCAUAAUUUCAUUGCGGCUGGAAACUCGCGUUCUUAUAAGUACUUACCCUUCAGUUUUUGCUUAAUGCGACGAUGGAAUACGGUUUGCAUACAGGCAUACUAGUUUACAGCUCUGCCUUUGAAUUGAAGAUACUUCGAAGCCUUGACUUGAGACAUUAAAGGACUUGUUCUA